AUGUCUUGGAUACACUUGCAUUUGGCUAAUCAGACAUUAUAUGAAUCUGUAAAUGGUACAGAAGUGAGAGCUGUUGCUGACAACGAUACCGUAGAUCCAAGAUGGGUUGAAGACUCCUUUCCAGGAUUAGAAAUACUGUGCACUAUUUAUAUUACCUAUGCUGUGAUCAUUUCAGUGGGUCUCCUUGGGAAUGCUAUACUCAUCAAAGUCUUCUUUAAGAUUAAAUCAAUGCAGACGGUUCCAAAUAUUUUCAUAACCAGCCUGGCUUUUGGAGACCUGCUACUUUUGUUAACCUGUGUGCCGGUUGAUGCAACACGCUACAUUGUGGAUACCUGGCUCUUUGGAAGAAUUGGCUGCAAGCUGUUGUCCUUUAUCCAGCUAACUUCGGUUGGAGUAUCAGUGUUCACUUUAACUGUUCUCAGUGCUGACAGGUACAGAGCCAUUGUGAAGCCCUUGGACCUGCAGACCUCAGAUGCUGUUCUGAAGACCUGCUGUAAAGCUGGCUGUGUCUGGAUUGUCUCCAUGAUGUUUGCUAUCCCAGAGGCUGUAUUUUCAGAUUUAUAUUCAUUCAGCAAUCCUGAGAAAAACAUAUCUUUUGAAGCAUGUGCCCCAUAUCCCGUAUCUGAGAAAAUACUGCAGGAAGCUCAUUCUCUGGUCUGCUUCUUGGUGUUCUAUAUUAUCCCGCUCACUGUCAUUUCUGUCUAUUAUUUUCUUAUUGCCAGAACGUUAUACAAAAGCACAUUCAACAUGCCAGCUGAAGAACAUGGCCAUGCCCGCAAACAGAUUGAAUCCCGCAAGAGAGUUGCAAAAACUGUGCUGGUGCUGGUUGGUUUGUUUGCUUUCUGCUGGCUGCCUAACCACAUCCUCUACUUAUACCGCUCUUUCACCUACCACUCUUCUGUAGAUGCCUCUACCUUUCAUCUCCUAGCUACUAUUUUCUCUCGGGCUUUGGCCUUCAGCAAUUCCUGUGUUAAUCCCUUUGCUCUUUACUGGCUAAGUAAAAGUUUCCGCCAACACUUUAAAAAGCAAGUUGUGUGUUGCAAGGCAAGACUUCCUACACGGCCUCCUAGCAUUACCCACAGUAACACGCCAACCAGAGCCCUAUCAGUCACAGGCAGUACACACGGCUCAGAAAUCAGUGUCACUUUGCUAACAGAUUAUAGUAUCACAAAGGAAGAGGAAAGUGUUUAG